GCUCACGAAGAAGAUGCACCAAAGUUUCCUGCAACAACAAAUAUUUUCUUACUAAAGAGAGAAGAAAAAAGGGAGAGAAAGUUAGGAGAGGGGUAUGCAUUCAUCCCAACAAACACCACUUUUGUUUCUUUCUCCUAAUCUUCUUAGAUCCCAAAGCUAAGUCAUAUAUGUAUGUCCAAUUGUUAGUACGUUCAAAAGAGUUAUGAGGCCUACUUUCUUCGUUGACAAUUUGGAAGUUUCAACCCAUUCCUCCGGCCAAGCCACUACUAUUCACUCUUCUUACAAUUGCUCCGACGACGACCUUAACUUCAAUGGAUUAUUUACCGCUUAUGGACCUCAAGUAAAUCCUCAUGUAGUUGGUUUUUCAACUGCUCGGCUACCGCUGCCAUUUGAUCUUGCAGAUGAUGGACUCAUUUUUGUGAAUGCAAAGCAGUAUCAUGGAAUACUAAGAAGGAGACAGAUGCGGGCAAAGCUUGUGGCACAAAACAGACUACUCAAAACUAGAAAGCCAUAUAUGCACGGGUCUCGCCAUCUCCACGCGGUAAACAGGGUGAGGGGCAGCGGAGGGCGUUUUCUCAGCUCAAAGAAAGCACAGCACCACCACCACUCUCCAUCAUCAUCACCCAACUCAGUUGACGUUUCCAUGUCUGCCACUGCUCCAUAGGGCAUACCCAAUCACAGGUAUGGAGGGGUAGCCUUACAUGCAAUGGGAGUUGGCAAUCUCUUACCCAGCAAUUCAUCCCUGGCUUUUUUCUGCUUAUGGUGUACCACAUGUAUAGUUCCAUUACUUAGUAAUGCUGCCAUUUAUUUCUCACAAAAAACAUGUUAAGCAAUUUGUGCUGAAUGAUACUUCAGAAUUAGAAAUUUUAUACGGCCGGAGUGCUUAGUAUAAUUGUAUCUUCUUAAGAAAGCAUAGUGUACGCAAUACUUUACCGGGAGUACAGUGCAACGUAA